GGCUAGCCAUUACCAAUGAAGCUAAGCACUUUAUUUGCCUUGGUUUUAUUGCUACAGAGCACCACUAUUCUUUCUUUAGUUGCUGCAGAAGCAACAACUCAAUAUGGUGGUUACCUUCCUCCGCCUGUUGCCAGCCAACCACCACCAAGUUCUAUUGGCUAUCAACCCCCUAUUGCUCCGACAACACCACCACCGGGUCGUGGACAUGUACCGUCGCCAAGGCACGCUCCACCUAGCCAUGCCUACCCACCACCUUCUCAUGGUCAUGUACCACCAUCUGUUGGCGGUCCUCCACCGCAUAGAGGACACUUGCCGCCCUCUCGUGGCUUCAAUCCCCCGCCGUCUCCUAUGAUUUCUCCAAGUCAUCCGCUACCGUCCUAUGGUGCACCUCCACCCUCUCAUGGUGGCGGCCAUCCACCAUCGCAUGGGCAAAGACCACCUUCACCUUCUCAUGGACAUGCACCACCCUCUAGAGGACACACGCCACCUAGAGGACAACACCCCCCAAGCCAUCGUCAACCUUCACCUCCGAGUCGACAUGUACAUCCUCCACCGCCUACAUAUGCACAACCACCACCGACACCAAUUUAUUCGCCUCCUCCUCAAGUGCAACCACCACCGACUUACUCACCUCCUCCACCUACACACGUACAACCAACACCAUCACCACCUUCACGUGGACAUCAACCACAACCACCCACUCAUCGACAUGCACCACCUACUCAUCAACCUUCACCCCCAAGACAUCUACCACCUUCUCCCCGUAGGCAGCCACAACCACCAACUUACUCACCUCCUCCACCUGCAUAUGCACAAUCACCCCCACCCUUGCCAACGUACUCACCUCCUCCACCUACACACGUACAACCAACACCAUCACCGCCUUCACGUGGACAUCAACCACAACCACCCACUCAUCGACAUGCACCACCUACUCAUCAACCUUCACCCCCAAGACAUCUACCACCUUCUCCCCGUAGGCAGCCACAACCACCAACUUCACCAACUAUCUCGCCUAACUCCUCCUGCCAUACCUCACCACCACCAACGUACUCCCCUCCUCCACCUACAUAUUUGCCACCGCCACCAUCACCAAUUUACUCGCCUCCUCCGCCUGCAUACUCACCACCACCACCACCAACGUAUUCCCCUCCUCCACCUACAUAUUCUCCACCACCACCGCCACCAUCACCAAUUUACUCACCUCCUCCACCACCACCAUCCUUCUCGCCACCUCUACCCACAUAUGGACAAUCACCUCCACCUCCACCAACGUAUUCCCCUCCUUCGCCUGCAUACUCACCACCACCGCCGCCAACAUAUUCUCCUCCUCCACCUAUAUACUCCCCUCCUCCCCCUGCAUAUGCACAACCACCACCGCCUCCACCAACAUACUCGCCUCCUCCACCUGCAUACUCACCACCACCACCGCCAACGUAUUCUCCUCCUCCACCUACAUACUCGCCCCCUCUCCCUGCAUAUGCACAACCACCACCACCUCCACCAACAUAUUCUCCUCCUCCACCUACAUACUCGCCUCCUCUCCCUGCAUAUGCACAACCACCACCACUUCCACCAACAUACUCACCUCCUCCACCUGCAUACUCACCACCACCACCAUCACCAAUUUACUCGCCUCCGCCUCCCCAAGUGCAACCACCACCACCGACUUUCUCUCCUCCUCCGCCAAGACGAAUUCACUCACCUCCUCCUCCUCAUAGGCAGCCACGACCACCUACACCUACGCCUACUUAUGGCCAACCACCAUCACCACCGACUUUCUCUCCUCCUCCGCCAAGACGAAUUCACUCGCCGCCUCCUCCUCAUAGGCAGCCACGACCACCUACACCUACACCUACUUAUGGCCAACCACCACCACCACCAACUACAUAUUCACCCCCUUCUCCUCCUCCAUAUGGGCUUCUGCUUAGCACUCCAUAAACUAGACCAUCCACGCCACCAACAAACCUGCCACCUUCUACGUACCAUGGCCCAUUGCCACCACGUACCUCCUGUACACCAUAAGAGCUGCAUUUAGUCGCUAGUUGUUCCUUAAUUCAAUAAAGGUCUGGUGUGUUUCUUACUGUUGUCUCACCAGAAUAGCUAUAAAGAUCAAUAGUUCUUUCUGUUCUUUUACUAUGAGUAGACAGCUAUGAAGAUCCUGUAAUAAACUUCAAGUGUUGUUUAAGCUUGAUUAAGUACUAUUAUGCAGUGCUUUUUGGCGA